AAGUUCAACGAGUGGUAUUUAAAGAACAAUUGCAAAACUCUGUCUUCUUUUUCUUAUUUUACUUUUUUGUAAAUUACCUUGUAACGUGAAAUUCCGUCCAGUUAUUACAAAACCCGUGACGUGUUUGUGAAAAGGCUUAGCAGAGAAUGGUUUUCUUGAGCUGGGUUCGCCCCACUACCCAAGAUCAAAACACUUGCAUAAACAAGUCAGGUACUUUCAACUAUGAUGAUAGAUAUAAAGGAGCUACUGCUAAAUCCCUGUCUUCCCUUCAACAAGAUAAAGCCUUAUCCAAUGAUGGGUUUUUACUCAAUAACGCCAGAGUUCUCAUGGGUAAUGGUAUUGAUACUUUUGAAAAGGGCAAGACUGCUCUCCGAACUUGGAGGCAUUUUGGAAUGAAUUGGGCAUUUGUUGAUCCGGAAACACCAAUCCAACAAGGAGCGAAGUUUUGUAUUUGUGUCAAGGAGUUCCUUCCCUGGCUUAUGAUGCCACUUCAGGUUGUGUACGUAAAUGAAACUAAAACUACCAAAAACCGUGGAGCCUCCUUUGGUUUUGGAAGUGGAACUCUUCAGGGUCACUUACUGGCAGGAGAAGAACGCUUUUCAAUUGAGAUUGAUGAGAACAAUCAAGUUUGGUAUGAAAUACUUUCUUUUUCAAAACCUGCACAUGUUUUAUCAUUUGUUGGGUACCCAUAUGUGAUGCUUAGGCAAAAAUACUUUGCUCACGAAUCUGCCAAGGUAAUGCUGAAACACAUUAAUUCAUCAAAAUCAUAAUGUAAAUAUAUUACGCUAUUGGUAAUCAUUGUCGAUUUGAAUCUCUAAUUUCCUUUGAUCCCUGUAUUUAAAUAAAUAUUCUGCUUCCUUCUCCCUUAUGUAAACUAUUUACAAUCUUGUAUCGAUUGUGAGUGCUUCACAUUGAGUACAAAUUGAAAUGGAGCAGACUCUUACUUUC